GUGGUUAGGGAAUCUCAGUAUUUAUGUUCAUUUCAGGAAGUAGUUGUUGUGUGGGUGUUUCGGUUUCAUUUGUUUUUGUUCCCAAACAAAGUGUUGAGUAACUGCGCGGAGGCCGGUGAAAAACACAUAGAGAAGGUGGGUUUAAACCCCAGAAAUGCCCGUUCCGUACCCCGAUGUGAGACUGAAGUGAUACCGAGAUUUUGACAUAAUGGGCCCUGGUUAGAAAUUUCUAGUAAACCGGCAUACACUACAUGACAGAGCCGCUGAGUCUCGCAGGGACAGACAGAGAGAGGCCCGCUGCCUGAUCGCGAAGCCUCGGGCUGGACUAAACCGGACCCAUCGGCGGCUACCGGCAAACGGGAACUGUGGCUCCCUUAUUUUAAACUCUGCCCUUCAUUCCUUGUGGGAGAGUUCUGCUGUUUAAAGUCGCCAAAAUAGCCGUGUCAGGUAGAAAGCGACAAACCUCUGAGCCAGACGCGAUCAGCGGUUGCAGCGGACAGUCCGUGACCACCAAGCGGCUCAAGAUGGCCAGCACCGCUGAGGCUGGGGGGCGCAGAAGACGUGGCCUGGAGGACAAUUCAAGAGAAAAGAAGCAGAAAGACAAGGCAAACCAGGAGAGCAAAGAAGCAAAGAGAGCUGUCAGCAGAGAGGCAAGAAAAGAGCUACCUCACUCUCAAGAUUUAUCAGAGGAAUUAAAUGAGGAUACAGAUAUUGAUGAUGUUUUCUUCGAUUGGAAACAAAACUCCAAUGAGAUAAUCGUGAAGCUCAGACCAGGAGAAGGGGUUGUGAAGGUGGAAGAUGUAGAUGCUGCAUUUACAGACACAGCCUGUCAGGUCCGGUUUCCAGAUGGACGCCAGUGGAGCUGCAACUUCUUUGCAGAGAUUGAGAGUUCCUGCAGCAAAGUUCAGUACAAAGAGAAAGGAAACGUGUUGCAGCUGGUUUUACAGAAGAAGAUCCCCUUCAAUGCUUGGCCCUCUAUGAUGGACAAGAAGAAUAAAGACCCUGUGAUCUUGCAGACAGAAAAUGGAAAAGAGGGAUCUUUGAAGGUUGAAAAAGUGGAGGAAGAAGAGAGUGCCCCUGUGCCAUCGGAGCCGAAGGAACAGAAGAGACCCAAAGACCGGGGAAUGAAACGUGCAAUAAAAACUAAACCAUCACAAGUGUGUGAGCCAGGAUCAAAGGGCAGUGGGACUACAAAGACAGCUGGGAAAAAUAUAGAGGCACAAGCGGAGCCCAGCGCAAAGCGUAUAAUCCGCACAAAAGAUUCUAAGGACCCUGAGAGAGACACACCUGCAAAGGUAUUGGGGAAUGACAAAAACGAGAGUGCCCCGGAGGCUGGAAACUCAGCCCACUGCAACGGGAGGAGUAAAUACAAGAGGAGCGGCAAAGAGUCUCUGGUGGAGAAAACCGCUGAAUGUAAACCUGCAGAGGCAGAGAUGAUGGAGGAGAAAGUUCUCCGUGCAGCUUCGCAGGACCCUUCUUCCACUCUGGGCUCCAGGAAUGGGGAAAGUGAGAUGAAGGAACAAUUGGUUGGAGAUGUGGAACCCGACAUGUGUAGGAAUGACAGGGGAGACUCUGAAUCUGAGGUUGGGAAAGGGACUCCAGAGGUUCAGGAGGCUGAAACUGUCCAUUUAGAUGCUGGAGAACAAUCAAUGCCCUCUAAAGAUUCAAUUUCUACAAUGGAAGGAGAAUCUGAAAAAGUGGACGAGUCAAAAGAGGACGCUUUGGAAGAGCAACCUGAAAUCCUGGAGCCAAUGGUGAACUUGACGUUUGUGAAGAACGACUCGUAUGAGAAAGGCAAUGACCUUGUGGUGGUGAGCGUGUACCUGAAAGGGAUCUGCAAGGAGACGGUGAAGGUGCUGUUUCGAGAGCAGGACUUCACAAUCAUCUUUCAGACCAGUGAUCAGAAUUUUUUGCGGUUUCAUUCAAGCUGUGGACCAAACACAGUCUUUAAAUGGCAGGUGAAACUCAGGAAUCUUAUACACCCUGAGCAGUGUGCCUAUUCUUUCACCCCAUCCCGACUCGAUAUCACAUUGAAGAAGAGGCACAGUCAGAGAUGGGGAGGGCUGGAGGCUCCAGCAACACAAGGACACCCCAAACACACUGGGCUAAUAUUGACACUUGCUGGAGAGGUGGGACUGGAGCUGCAGAAAUCCAGCCGUGCAGAGGGUCCGCGCACUAAGACAUCAAGCUCUUGUGCAGUGGGUGGCGCCAAGGUGGCUUUGUCUACAGGACCUGCUUCUCUUGAAAAGACCCAGCCUGGGAGUAGCCAGCACACACUGCCAAGCAAAGAGGAACCAAGGUCUGCUGAGAAAGAAAAAUCACGCACUGAGGAUGGUGUGCCGAUUAAACAGGAACCCCUUGUAACAUCACCCAAGCCGACCUGCAUGGUGCCCCCGAUGAGCCACUCUCCAGUGGGCAGCGAGCACCUCGAGGAGGUGGAAGAGAAGGUGGUGUGUCUGCCCGGAUUCACAGGACUGGUCAAUCUCGGGAAUACCUGCUUCAUGAACAGCGUUAUCCAGUCCCUUUCCAACACUCGCGAGCUACGUGAUUACUUCCAUGAUCGAGCUUUUGAAACUGAGCUAAAUUGCAGUAACCCCCUGGGGACUGGAGGCCGUCUAGCCAUUGGGUUUGCAGUGUUGCUGCGGUCUCUUUGGAAGGGAACCCACCAUGCCUUUCAGCCCUCUAAAUUAAAGGCUAUUGUGGCAAGUAAGGCCAGCCAGUUCACAGGAUACGCACAGCAUGACGCCCAGGAAUUCAUGGCAUUCUUAUUAGAUGGGCUUCACGAGGACCUGAACAGGAUCCAGAAUAAACCGUAUACAGAGACUGUGGAUUCGGACGGGAGACAAGAUGAGGUUGUGGCAGAAGAGGCCUGGCAGCGGCAUAAAAUGAGGAAUGAUUCCUUCAUAGUGGAUUUGUUCCAGGGCCAGUACAAAUCUAAACUGGUCUGCCCUGUAUGCUCUAAGGUGUCCAUUACAUUUGACCCUUUCCUGUACCUGCCAGUUCCAUUGCCUCAAAAACAAAAGGUGCUGACGGUCUUUUACUUUGGCAAGGAACCUCAUAAGAAGCCAAUUAAGUUUCUGAUGAGUGUCAGCAAGGAGAAUUCCAGCACGACUGAAGUGCUUGAGUCCAUCUCCAAGAGUGUGAGGGUUAAACUGGAGAACCUGAGGCUUACUGAGGUCAUUAAUAGUCGAUUCCACCGUGCGUUCCUUCCCUCUCACUCGCUGGAUGCAGUUUCUCCCUCAGACACUCUCUUCUGUUUUGAAGUACUGUCCAAGGAUCUGGCUAAAGAGAAAGUGCUUAUUCUACAGGUCCAACAGAGGCCCCAGGUCCCCUGCAUCUCCAUCAGUAAGUGUGCUGCUUGUCAGAAACACCCGCAGGCGGAGGACGAGAAGGUGAAACGCUGCACUCGCUGCUACCGCGUUGGGUACUGCAACACGGCUUGUCAGAGGACCCACUGGCCUAAUCACAAAAAUCACUGCAAGCCACAUGUUGAAAACAUUGGCCGUCCGUUCCUGAUCAGCGUCCCUGAGUCUCGGUUAACAUACUCUCGCCUUGCCCAGCUGUUGGAAGGGUACUCUAGGUACUCUCUGAAUGUGUUUCAGCCCCCAAUCCAGUCUGGCAAAUUGUCCCCGGAGCUGAGCCAGUGCAGAGCAGAUCUGCCCCCGCAGGUCCCUGAGAUACCAGACGGCUGCUGUAGAGAGGGCUGUCUGGAUCAGACCAAGGAGCAUGAAAAGGUUAUGCAGUCCCCGGAACCAGACAUCUGCCAGGCUGCAGGGGACUCAAAGAGGGAUAACAAUUCCACCCUCACUGUUGACUCUGGGUAUUCCAGUCAAUCACGUGAGUCCCAGGAACAAGCUGGCUGCCAGAAGGAAACGUCCUGUGAGAAAGCGGUGAAACCUGAAGCUGCAGUCCCAGGUUACCAGAAGCCUACAGAGUCACUAGCCAGUGGUGCAUCACAGUUCUACAUCGCUGUCAUUGAUUCAGCGAAGAAUGAGGAAAAACUUGAGGACAAAGGCGAUGCAGUGUUGGAUAUACCUGAAGACUCUUCUCUGGUCCUGGUGUGGAAGAAUAAUGAGCGGAGCAAGGAGUAUGUGCUCAUAGAGUCAAAGGAGCUGGAGUAUGUGGAGGACCCAGGCUCAGCCAGCGAGGCAGCCAGGGCAGGACACUUCACCCUGGAGCACUGCCUCAACCUCUUCACCAGGCCUGAGGUGCUCGCACCCGAAGAGGCAUGGUAUUGCCCCAAGUGCAAGCAGCACAGAGAGGCGUCUAAGCAGCUUAUGCUCUGGAGGCUUCCGAACGUCCUGAUCAUCCAGCUCAAGCGGUUCUCCUUCCGCAGUUUCAUCUGGAGGGACAAAAUCAAUGACAUGGUUGACUUCCCUGUCAGAAGCCUGGACCUGAGCAACUUCUGUAAUGACCAGAAGGACGACACUCAGCCUCCCAUCUAUGACUUGUAUGGUGUGAUUAAUCACUAUGGUGGAAUGAUUGGGGGGCAUUACACUGCAUAUGCUCGCCUGCCCAGUGACAAAAACAGCCAGCGCAGUGACGUAGGAUGGCGACUUUUUGAUGACAGCACAGUGACCACAGUGGAGGAGAGCCAGGUCGUGACACGCUAUGCCUACGUGCUCUUCUACCGACGUCGCAACUCUCCCCUGGAGAGACCAUCACGAUGUCCACCCCCCCACAGUGCAGAAUCACCAGCAAUGGCCGAAGCCGGCGCCAGUCAGGCUUCUCUAAUAUGGCAGGAACUGGAGGAGGAAGAGGAGGGGGAGGAAGGAGCCCAGGCGCAGAGAGGAAGAAUCGGGCAACUCCGAUCCCGGGCCACACGGGACUCUGCAGCGCUGAAUGGUCUCUCAGAUUACUUGGAUGAAGACUAUGUCAGAUAUUUUGUCCUUGGCACCUUUGCAGCAGUGGUAGCCCUGGUUAUCAAUGUUUUCUAUCCAUUGAUAUCUCAGGGUCACUGGAGCUAGAGAAGCCAUGCACAUGCACACAGUGUUGUUAAGGUGGGCAGUGAGGACCGUCUUUCUCUGUUUUCACACUGACAUCAAUUAUUUAAUUUUACAAAUCAAACCUCCAUCCAAGUUCUAUAAAUUGUAAUGUAGUUAUACCUAGAGUGGUGUCCAUGAAUAUUGCAUCUGUUCAUUUUCUGUCUUGGCACAAUGCAAUACCCAAAUAAGAGUAAGAGAAUACGAGUCUUGCUUUUAUCUUAUUUGUACCAUUUCAUUUCGUUGAAUCACAAAUACUAAUAUCAAUAAGAAUGCUGAAAAUGUUAAGGUGUGUUUUUUUGUGUGGCUCGCACUGUAUUCUACCUCUAAUUUGGGCAUGCUGAAGAAAACAAAAAAAGUCUGCACUGCCCACGCCGUGUUUGUGAAUUUGAACCCUUCCCUCCAAUAUUGAUAUUUAUCCUGUAGCUUUUUCUAAGUAGCACUGAGAAGUCUUGUCCUGAUUUACUCAGGAACAUUCUCUCAUAAGGAAAACAAGCACUUAACAUUGAAAGGCAGACAUGAUUUUUGUUUUGUUUUUUCUGAAAGCUUGGUAAAAACACCCAAGGUCACUUUUGUAAAUGAGAUGCUACAUCUCAAGAGAUUUUAAAUAAUAAAAUGUAAUAUUUCUGUUUUAUAUAUAUAUAUAUAUAUAUAUAUAUAUAUAUAUAUAUAUACAGACGUGCUCAAAUUUGUUGGUACCCCUCCACAAAAAACAAAGAAUGCACAAUUUUCCAUUAACUUGAAACUGACAAAAGUAAUUGGCAUCCACCAUUGUUUAUUCCAUAUUUAAUAGAAAUCAGACUUUGCUUUUGAUUUUUUAUUCAACAUAAUAUUGUAAAUAAUAAAACAAAUGAAAAUGGCAUGGACAAAAAUGAUGGGACCGCUAACCUAAUAUUUUGUUGCACAACCUUUAGAGGCAAUCAAACGUUUUCUGUAGCUCUCAAUGAGACUUCUGCACCUGUUAACAGGUAGUUUGGCCCACUCUUCCUGAGCAAACUGCUCCAGCUGUUUCAGGUUUGAUGGGUGCCUUCUCCAGACUGCAAGUUUCAGCUCUUUCCAUAGAUGUUUGAUAGGAUUCAGAUCAGGACUCAUAGAAGGCCACUUCAGAAUAGUCCAAUGUUUUGUUCUUUUCCAUUCUUGGGUGCUUUUAGCUGUGUGUUUUGGGUCAUUAUCCUGUUGGAGGACCCAUGACCUGCGACUGAGACAGAGCUUUCUGACACUGGGCAGUACGUUUCGUUCCAGAAUGCCUUGAUAGUCUUGAGAUUUCAUUGUGCCCUGCACAGAUUCAAGGCACUCUAUGCCAGGCGCAGCAAAGCAGCCCCAAAACAUAACUGAGCCUCCUCCAUGUUUCACUGUAGGUAUGGUGUUCUUUUCUUUGAAAGCUUCAUUUUUUCGUCUGUGAACAUAGAGCUGAUGUGACUUGCCAAAAAGCUCCAGUUUUGACUCAUCUGUCCAAAGGACAUUCUCCCAGAAGGAUUGUGGCUUGUCAAUAUGCAUUUUAGCAAAUUCCAUUUUUUAUGUUUUUCUUUCAAAAGUGGAGUCCUCCUGGGUCGUCUUCCAUGGAGCUCACUUUCGCUCAAAAAGCGACGGAUGGUGUGAUCAGAAACUGACGUACCUUCACUUGGAGUUCAGCUUGUAUCUCUUUGGCAGUUAUCCUUGGUUCUUUUUCUACCAUUUGCACUAUCCUUCUGUUCAAUCUGGGGUCGAUUUUCCUCUUGCAGCCGCGCCCAGGGAAGUUGGCUACAGUUCCAUGGACCUUAAACUUCUUAAUAAUAUUUGCAACUGUUGUCACAGGAACAUCAAGCUGCUAUGAGAUGGUCUUGUAGCCUUUACCUUUACCAUGCUUGUCUAUUAUUUUCUUUUUGAUCUCCUCAGACAACUCUCUCCUUUGCUUUCUCUGGUCCAUGUUCAGUGUGGUGCACACAAUGAUACCAAACAGCACAGUGACUACUUUUCUCCAUUUAAAUAGGCUGAAUGUCUGAUUACAAGAUUGGAGACAUGUGUGAUACUAAUUAAAGAAACUAACUGGUUUGAAAUAUCACUAUAAUCCAAUUAUUUAUUAUAUUUUCUAAGGGGUACCAACAAAUGUGUCCAGGCCAUUUUAGAAUAUCUUUGUAGAAUAAGCAAUAAUUCAUCUCUUUUCACAGCUUCUUUGCUUUAUUCUAUGACAUACCAAAGGCAUGCAAGUAUACAUGAUAAAAUAGCUUUUAAUUUCAUCACUUUUCAGGAGGAAUGAAGCAUUAUUUCAAUGAGCUGUAAGGGUACCAACAAAUUUGAGCACGUCUGUAUAUAUACAUAGAAAGGUAGCACCAUUAGUACUUGACACUGUUGUUGUUUUUUUUUUUUUAAAUGCAACCCUACUUUGUUAAUCCUCUUUGUGUAUAAUGGAUAUAUAGUUGAAGUGUAUUGUAUUGAUGAAAAAAAUAGAUUUAUAGUUAUAAAUAUCAUCCCUAAAUUAUACCAUGUGCAUAUUCAUGCAAUACUGUAUGAAGGGUUUUUAAAUUCAUUUUUUGAAAAGCAGUUGUCUGGGGUAAGAUGGUUUUAAUUUGCUAUGUUGUGACAUUGUUCUGCUAACUGUAAAAUAAGUGUAGGGCUUUGCCAUGUUAGUGCAUUACUGUAACUUAUUUAUUUAUUUGUUUAAUUCAAUUCAGAUUUGGUGUAUUUUUGCUUUUCUAAGUAAGCUGUUUUAUUUCAUUAAUACCAAGCUAAGAGUUUAGGGCAGUCUGCGUGGGGUUCAUGGUUUGUCUGUAUAGUGUGGCAUCAAAGCAGUUGGAUUAAUCUGACUCAGGGAUUGUAGAAGUUAGGGUCACCAUCUGGUUCACAUUUUCCACUUCUGUCAUUUGCUGUGUUGGUUAACUGCUAAAGCAUGGUCCAGUAUACCAGAACAUUGCAAAGUAGAUGCACACUUAUGUCCUAGUUACAGCCCUUUGUCAUGUCUUUAAUUGAAUUUUUCUCCCGUGCUUACUGAGACUGAAUGUUUGAUCUACAUGGUGUUGGUGUCAAUGUAAACAGAUCCAGUUUAACACUUUAACACAUGAUUGCAUUGUAUAAUAUGUUUCUAUUUGAAUGUCUGUUAAAGUCUCUAUGGAUAAGUAAAUGUGUGUGUGUGUGUGUGUGUGUGUGUAUAUGUGUAUAUAUAGUACAGGUAAAGAAAAGGCCUUUUUAAAUAUAUUAAAUGUAAAAUGCAAUUUUAAAACUAAAAAUGGAAUGUACACCAUCUGUUCUUAAAAGUAAAUGUUGAUUUAUUUUUAGGAUUGCUGAAAUGCAAAAUUUUAAAAGCAAUGAUUUGUACUUGGAUAAUUCGCAGAAUCCACUCACCUGCAUUGUAAUUUUUAAUAAAAUUUAAAAUAUUC